AUGUCACGGAGGAACUUCAUAAUGUGUCUCGCAAAUGAACUCCGCUCUGGGCACAUGACUACAAAAGCCAGACAUGCCAGCCAUGGUGCGAGAGCCCCAGCUGGAGCAGCAGAAGAUGCAGAGGAGAAGGCAGUGCCAACUGCAAAGAAAGUGCAAGAAAAACAAAGCAAAGGAUACUUGAGUCCAAUGUGGAGAGGUAGUCUGUGGGAACUGCACAUGGAAG